UUGUCACAACUUAAACAGUUUCUGUCUCCUCUCUAUCAUUUUCCUGAGUCUAAUUUGGAUCUGCUUCAAAUCCAAAUCCUAGUUAUCUAGAAUUUAAGUUUUAUACUGCUGAAAAUCAAGAUAUAAGAAGGUGUGUCUGAGAAGUAGAGAAAAUGAACAGAGCUGGCAUUAAUGGCGGGCUUGUCUUCCUCCUCCUCAUCAUGACUACGGUGGAGGGUAAAGGAGAUGUGUCAUUCUGGAAAACUACAGUCACAAUGACCUGUCCUAAUAACGGAAUCUGGUAUAAAGGCGAUAUCAAAGACGAGACGACCAGAUCUGAAUAUGUCAUAAAUAACUAUGAUGAAAACAAGAAAGAACAUUACCAUUGUGAAUAUGAUGAUGAAAUUGAUCAAACGAGAAUCUAUCAGUUUUACAUUAAAGGAAAGGUGUGUGAAAACUGCUUUGAGCUGGAUUCGACUCUGGUUGCCUGGGCCAUCAUUGGGGACCUGCUGGUGACAGGAGCGGUCAUCCUCAUUGUGUAUCGCUGUGCUCAGAAGAAAUCUGGACAUGCUGCACCCCAAAAACCGACUUCCCACUCAGCAGGCCGUGGCCCACCAGUGGUGCCUAGUCCUGACUAUGAGCCCCUUAGUGCUGCAACCCGCAGCAGAGAUAUCUACGCUACCCACAGGACUGGGUAGACCACCAGACCACACUUGUUCUCUAGGACUCCUCUGAUGCCCCGGACCAGCAGACCUCAGCUCACCCUGCCAUCAAAGAGGAGGGGAGAAGGCUCUGUAGUGCUUAGCUUAGACUUAAAUAGCUUUUUAUUUUAGCUUGAUGUGUUAAAUGUGUGAUAUUGUGAUUUAGUUAAAACUGUAGUUUAGAAUUACUGUAACUAGUGAUAAUAGUGAUCAACGUAGUGAUGAUCUGGAAAGUAGAGAGAUAAAGAUCUUUGUAAAGACUUUUCGAUGUGUGCUGUACUGAAAACAACUUGUACAUAGCUGUGUUGAUCAACUGUUGUAAAAUAGUAUUAAUGCUUGCAGAUGCCAGCCUAGUUGUUCCUCUUCACAAUGUUAUUGCUGUCUGUAUAUACACAGAGUGUACAAAACAUUAGGAACACCUUCCUAAUAUUGAGUUUCUCCCGCUUUUGCCCUCAGAACUGCU